GCUCAGCGUCUCGCGGUGCGGUGGUCGCCACUGCUUCACUUGUGUUAUCGUGUUAUUCAUCACUAUUACUUACACAAUCACGAUGAAGCUUAAGUCGCAACUCCUGGAGCAGCCUUCGGGGGAGAUGUCCAAAAAGAUCAGAGUGGAGCUGAACGAAGACAUAGCAACAAGAGACCAGGACCUUGCCCAGAUUAAGGAGUGGUUGAGGAAGCAGCCACAUCUGCCUGACGAAUGGGAAGACCGACUCCUGUUGACUUUUCUACGAGGCAGUUCGUUCUCCUUAGAGAAAUGUAAGCGGAAACUGGACAUGUACUUUACCAUGAGGGCCGCGUGUCCAGAAUUCUUCACCAACCGAGACUGUACCUCGUCCAAUCUAUCUGGAUUACUUGACGCCAAAGUGCAAGGUCCGCCGUUGUAUGGCUUGACUCCCAAUGGACGUAGGGUUACAAUUUGCAGAGGUGUCCACCCCAACUUGGACGCCCAGCAAAUUUCGGAUUCUUUAAAACUCGCCCUUAUGAUCGGCGACAUAAGGCUCAAUGAAGAAAUAGAGGGCGUAGCUGGCGACAUCUACGUGCUUGACGCUGCUGUGCUGGGACCCAGUCUCCUGACCAAGCUGUCCCCGGCUACGGUGAAGAAAUUCAUGAUAUGUGUUCAGGAAGCAUACCCCGUGAAAUUGAAGGAAGUACACAUUGUUAACACAUCACCGAUUGUAGAGAGAUUCAUAAAUUUUGUGAAGCCUUUCCUCAAAGAAAAGAUUAGAAAUAGGAUUUAUAUCCACAAGGACACAAAAGAUUUAUACAAAUACAUCCCACAAGACAUUUUACCUGUGGAAUAUGGCGGUACAUGCGGAUCUAUGGACGAACUUCAUGAACAAUGGAAAGCGAAAUUAAUCGAGUACCGUGAUUGGUUCAACAGCCAGGAGUCUCUGAAAGCGAAUGAGGCGCUCAGACCGGGCCGGCCGACGAAUUACGACGAACUGUUCGGUAUAGACGGCUCCUUCAGACAACUGGCCAUCGACUGAUUGACGCGUCUGUGAUAUUAUAAGAUAGGCCUUAAUUAUAGUACAAUAAAAGAAUAAUUUAAUUAAGAUAUAGAAAAAUCCAUACAUAAGGAUCCAAUAACUGUUACAUUAUGGAUUAAGUUUAGGCUGCGGUCGGAUAGAUAAAUGCACUUGGCGAAAUUAACUAAAUAUGAUGCCCCUUCAAUUUGUGUGAAUAGCGAAUAGUUCUGAAAUGUCUCUCUUAUGCAAAUAAUGUAUCACGAAACUAAGAAUGAUAUUGGAUUGUAUGAUUUACAAUUUUAGCAUGCACACAUAAAAUUCUUCAUUCUACGUAAAUUAUUCUGGUGUGAGACAUCGUAAUAACGUUUCUUUAAUUGAUUGAUUUUAUAAAUGAGGCAUUUGGCUCCGAAUUUUGAAACAAGAACUAAAUACCACAUCCCUGAAUCACACUCAUUACCUACAUAUUAUAAAGUGUCUCAAUUUUGUCUGUCUCGAAUGUGAGCGCUAAUCUCGGGAAAGUUGUGGACGAAUUUUGUUCUGAAUCGAAAUGCUGGAGUUUUAUGAGGAUUAUUCAUCUUUAAAUGCUACCCGUGCGUAGCUGGAGUGGGUCACUAGUAAUGUCGUAUAGCGAUUUAUCUCCGCAAUUUUAACAAUACCAGAAUACCGUAGUACUAAACCAUUUUAUCACGAUUAGGUAGCUAUAAACAAAAAACACUCAUACAAAAUUUUAAGAACAUUGUGGUGUUGACUUGGCGUCUGCAGAAUAGGUAUAAUAUAAACUCGUUUUAUGGUGCUGCAUUAUUAAAAGAUCUAUCGACUAUCGCCAGAUUAGUUUAGGUAUUAGAUUAUGUAUUAGAAUAGAUAUGCUACAUUUUGAAGCGAAAAAUGCAAAAAAGAUGCCUGACAUUUAUAUUAAAACGUACCUAAUCGAAAUUGCUGAACUAAUUUUACCCCUAGCUAGAUAAAAAUCUAUAGAUACUAAUAUAAAAAAUGUGAAAGUGUAAUUGUGUGUUUGUUUGUCUGUCGUUCACGUCAAAACCACUGAACCGAUCUCCAUGAAAUAAUGCAUAGGUAUCAUCUACAUGUAGUUUAGAGUACAAAGAACAUAGGAUAUUUUACAAAAGCUAAAUACAAUACAGUUUUAAUAAGGGGAAACGAAUCACUGAAGCUAUAGUUAAUUAAUCAUAUUUUUAAAUGAAUUUACAGCACCAUCGUGUUAUUUUUCUUAAAAAUAGAUAUCGUUAAAAGGUUUUUAUAAAGAAAAAAAAAUACCUUAAUUCAUAGAACGAAAUUUAUUAUUUUAUAUUUUUGCUGUUUCAAAGUUACGAUUUUCCAUGAAAUUACAAUCCUUAUAAGAAUUUUGUUCUAGGUG